UAUCAAAAUGUCUGACUUAAAUGAUGACCUACUAAAUUAUGAUAUUGGGGAUGUUAUAGAUGAUCAAGUUUUAAUUGGUGCCGACGAGGACGAACUUCUGCUUUCAGAUGAAGAUCUAGAAAAGGACGUAUCGAAGGAGGAAAAACAAAAAAUAAAAUCUGAAGCCGAAGAGUGGGUCAAAUCGCAAAUAAAAGAUAAGAACAAGAAAACAAACGUACCAGCAGUUGUUGAUACCAAUGACGCUACAGGGUCUAAUUCAAAAGGAUCUUCCAAAGAGCAGGAAAGUGUUGCAAUUAAGAUACAAGUAGGUCCUAAUCCACACGAAGGGGAUACAACGCUAAUCCAAGGAAACGAAAUAAAAGAAGAAAUCACAACUCAAAGCAGCGAGGAUGUACCGUCCACGACUACCCAAAAUGAUGCUUUACUAUCGACAGAGGUGUCGUCGAGCUCGAACAAGGACUUGGACAUCGAGCAAUCAUCAACUGUGUCAAAUUCCACAGGAAGUGGUGGUAUGGUAAACGACUCGUGCGCUUCAUCGGCCAUACCUAGUUCCCAAGAGAGUGCUAGUGUUACAAUGAGUCAUGGCGAUAUAUCGGAUCCCCGUGAAGAUUUCGAAGAAGAACGCGAAGAACGCACUAAUAUUAAGACAACAAAUGAAAGAGAAACAUUUGAACAAACACAUGAACAAUCGCCAGAAAAGUCCCAGAAUCGCUUUGUUCUUCACCAGAAGCGCAAUGGUGCCCCGCUGAUUCGAGGUCAUCCUAUACGAGGUCCCUCUCCCCUAUUCCCCCGCCCUCCCCUGCGAUUUCCCCAUCAUGGUAAUAUAUCCUUGUUGUCUCCAGCACAUUUUUCGCCCUUAAGCAACUUGGCAACGGUCACAUUAACACACGCUACCGCAAAUCCUCUUAUUACAGGUCAAACAUUUUUACCCCCACAACAAACCAACCCAAAUCCCUUUGGUCCACCAACCCCUUCCAAUACAAUGCACAAUCCCACUCAUGGCCCCCUAGCUCCCAAUAUAGAUCACAAUAAUCCUCAUCAGCGACCUCGUCAUCCAUUUGGCUUUCGACCGGGACCAAUGGGGGGAUUUAGGCAUCCAAAUCCCGGUGGUUUGUAUGCUCAAGGCCCAAACGACUUCAAUCCUAAUCAAGGUCCUGCGCCCUUUAACCAUCCCUACGGCGCACCAAGGAACAUGUUUCGACCUGAAGGUCCAAUGGGUAAUGUACCACCGGGUAUGAGACCGGGAAUGCGAAUGCAAAGACCACCAUUACAAGCAUUACCGCCUCAUGCUAUGCCUGGACAAGUUAAUUUUAUGAAUUCUCCUUUGCAAAUACGGCCACAAACUGUACCAGGGCCACAGCCUCCACCAGUAUCUAACCAAUCGGCAGCAGUAGCAAACAAUCAGCAGUCUAUAAAUCAAAUUUCGGUCCAGCCUGCCCCAGCAUCAGCGAUAGCUCCACGUAAGGUUCUUAUAAAUCCCAACUUCAAAGGCGGGGUUGAGGCUGCUACAAGUAAAUUCAUACAAGAAACUCAAUAUAUGGGUAUAAAUGCCGGUGGACAAGCACCGCGUGUACAGAGCGACGAAGAGUUGUUACGCCAGCAAGAAGAAUUUAUUAAUAAAAAUCGCGAGCACAUUGAAAAACGACGACAUGCCAGAGAAGUUUCUCCUACUCGACGUUCGCGUUCCCGAUCGCCACGAAGUCGUUCAAGGACUAGAUCUCGCAGUAUAUCCCGUGAACGUAGCUAUUCACCGCCAAAACGUCAAACGAAUGGAGGUCCAAACAACAAUCGUAAUGAUCGCUUUGAUCGUGAGCGGGAUCGUGACCGGGAACGAGAACGGGAAAGAGAGCGUGAACGUCCCGGAAACAAUGACGGCAAUAUACGUUUAGGUCGCGCUGGAAGUCGUGAUAGAGAUGAUCGAGAAAGAGAUCGCAACCGUCCAGGUCCUGCAUAUAAUAGGCAAGCUGGCGGAGGUAAUCGGUUCAGACGCGGCAACAGCCGAGAUCGUGAUUAUCAAGGAAGUGGUGGAGGAAAUUAUGGGAAACGUCGUCGUAGUAAGUCUCCUUCUCCUGGUAAUAGGGGUGGCAACUUUGGCAAUAACAGAGGACGGUAUAAUAAUGAUCGCGAUAAACCGGAGGUUGACGAGGAUGAAGAGACGCGUGCCUAUCGUCUGCAAAUUGAAAAACAGAAGGCGUUGCGAGAACAAAUAAUGCGCGACAAAGAAAUGAAGCGUCGCCGUGCUGCUGAAGAGAAGCAAUAUGAGGAAAAACGUGUCAGCGCUUCCCAUCCGCCCAAGGACGAUCAAUCACAAAAACAAUCACAGACACAAAUGCAGCAACAACAACAACCACCGCAAAAAUUUAAAGAAGUGGUGCCAGAACGUAAAAUAAUCUCUUUAAAAAAGCGCCCACAAACGCAAACCGACUCUUUUGAUGAACACGCGAAUACACAGAGAAAAUCCAUUCCGACGGCAAAAAUAUUGCCCGAGGCCAAGAAAACCCUGACAGACCAUUUAACAAACAAUACACCAUCGGGUUCUGUUAGAGAUCACUCAAGUAGCCACGCAAAUACGGCUGUCAUAAAACCAGUCUUCAUUAAAGAGACAUCGUCAUCGGCUUCGCAGGCAACCGUAGCAGCGAUCAGGCCUCAACCACAAAAUCACCAUCAACCGCCAAGACGUUUAUCUUCACGUUGUGAAGAUGAAGUGCAAUUGGAUUACGAUGAGGAUGACCUUUUGCUUGACGAAGACGAUUUGUUGGCUUCGGAGCCGGAAACCUCGCCGCCCAGAGAUACAUUGGCCAAAAAAAGAGACAUCUCACAUACUCCAUCUCCUGAACCGGUUGGGAAAGCAUUGUCCAGAAGGAAUGUGCAAGCACGUGGCGGCAAUGGUAGCGGUGGCGGAGUUUCCAAGCAAAGCUUAAGUUCCUCCAACCGCAGAAUAGUUUUAAAAACAUCGUCUAACUCCACGUCAUCGUCUAUAGGAAACAGAGCAGGGGCUAAUAUAUCGGGAAAUGGUAAUGGCAACUCACGCAGAGUCAUACUUGAUCGUUUGGAUGUACGCAAUCACAAUAGCAGUGGAAGUAGGCAACAAUCACCCGCGCAUGGAGGCGUCGGUGGUUCCAGUACAGAUUCGAAACGCAAGCCACAAAGAAUCAUUUUAAAGCAUGACUAA